UCAGCGUGCAGGCAGUAUUGUGCAGGAGCAGCAGACUCCCACUGCAGGGAUCCCCGGGGUUAGACAGACUGCUGGUUAGAUGGCUUACAGAAAGGAGUAACUUGGUGAACGGUGCUUCAAACACUCUGUGCUCGACCUGCAAGUGUCUCAGGGCACGAAUUACGAUACAAUGGAGCAAGAAUUUGAGGACAUUGACUCGUCCGGGAAAUGGCAAAACCUUUACAAUGAGAUCCGUAAUCAAGCCAGUGAAUAUCCUUACAAAGUGGCAAAACUUCCAGUGAAUCGGAAUUUGAACCGCUACAGAGAUGUCAGCCCAUAUGAUCACAGUCGGGUAAAGCUCGAAAACGCUGAAAAUGACUACAUCAAUGCAAGUUUAGUCACAGUGGAAGAAGCUAAAAGAGCUUACAUUCUUUCUCAGGGGCCUCUGAGGAAUACCUGUGGUCAUUUCUGGCUGAUGAUUUGGGAGCAGUGUUCCAAAGCUGUUAUAAUGCUCAACAGAGUCAUAGAAAAGGGAUCUGAAAAGUGUGCACAGUACUGGCCCACCACAGAGGAGCUACAGAUGUCUUUCACAGACACAGGCUUUGUUGUCAGGCUACUUUCUGAGGAGGACCAGUCCUAUUACACAAUCCGAGUCCUAGAACUGCAAAACACAAUGACGGGGGAGUCGAGGGAGAUAUACCACUUUCACUACACCACGUGGCCUGACUUUGGUGUCCCAGAAUCCCCCGCCUCCUUCCUCAACUUCCUCUUAAAGGUUCGGGAGUCCGGCUCGUUGGGCCCGGAGCACGGGCCCUCGGUGGUGCACUGCAGCGCUGGGAUUGGACGCUCAGGGACUUUCGCCUUGGUGGACACCUGCCUGAUCCUGAUGAGCAAGAGGAGGAACCCAUCAUCAGUAGAGAUACAGAAGGUGCUACUGGACAUGAGGGAAUACCGCAUGGGCCUGAUCCAGACGCCCGACCAGCUCCGCUUCUCCUACAUGGCAGUCAUCGAGGGAGCCAAGCUCAUCCUGACAGACAACUCAGCAGCACAGCAAAACAUGCAGAGUGUGAUGUCCGGAGAUGAUUUGGAGCCAGAUCUGCCACCUCCACCUCCUCCACCCAGACCUCACCUCAAUGACAGCAGGCCUAACGGUCAGCCAGGACCCUGCCUGGAGCCACAGGUUGCCACAGGAGACCACCUACCGGCAGAAGAGCCAGACAGCCAAGACCACAACGUGGCAGAAAACUCUGGGAAUGUCAGAAAGCGACACCGUGAGGAGAGGAUUGCCAGCACCUCACACAAGGUCCAGCAGAUGAAACAGAGACUGACCGACUCGGAGAGGAAACGAGAGAAGUGGCUUUACUGGAGACCCAUUCUGCUCAACGUCGGCGCUGGGGCAGCUUUGGCCGUCGGCCUGCUGGUGUGCUGGAUGUACUCCCAGUGAAACACUCUGGGUCACUUAAAACUGACUCCUAUUUUGCACCAGUACCUGGGAUUAGGUACUUCUCUAAGUAGAUUUAGAUGGUAAUAUGUGCAUAACUGAGGGUAUUUAUUUCUUGAGGUCAGAAUGCGGGAGCGCUAGAUCAAAUGAUUGUGUGUAUAUUUUUCAUGUAAGAUCUUAACAAAAAUAGUAACAUCUCAGGAUCUUGGUGCCAGCACGAUGAUUUUAUUUCCUUUCCUUCUUGUCACUGUUGAUGAAUGUACUGUAUCAUAGCAAAUUGCUUUGAAAGAAACUUACUAAAGGUGCAGUACAAAGCAAAAAAAAAAAAAUCUGACAGGUUUGUUUUUGCAUUCUUUAUUUGUAAUGGUCAGAUGUGUGUUGAUCAUCUGUGGACACGUUUUACAUUUCAAAAUGACUUGUGUUGACUGGCCAUCGUACCACAGAUACAUAGGAAGACUCCAGAGCAUAGAGGUCAGCUGUGGAUUUUUUUUGGUUUUUCUGUAUUGAAAUUUGCAUUUCAUGCAUGUAUUUAGAGGUUUUCCAGAGCACCACUUGUUCUUCCAUUCACAUUUAGCAGGGCACCCUAAUACGGCCAGAUAUAUAUUUUUGUGUGACUGGACACUUCAUGGGGAGCUGCCUUGCUGAUGUUUCAAACUCUGCUAGAAUGUUAACCUUUUUAUUUCCUGUUAUACAAGCACGUUUUUUCAUAGUUUUUGGUUGUGUCACGGAUCAUACAAGCUAUCGGGUCCCUCACUGCUUAGUGCGUGUAUUUACCCACUGGAUGGGUUCAUGUGUGUAUUUUCAGGUUAUCCCACUGUUGUUUUUGAGGAAACCAAAGCAAAGCUGUCCGUUUUUUGGAAGUUAACAGCCAGACGAGCUGUUCAUUGAUGAAACCUUGUACUCCCAUUAUGUGGAAUGUAUUUUCUGUUUUGACAUAACUGACACCUACAUUACAAAGUGAUAGUCAUACUAGCUUCGCGUGUGACUUUUUAAUUUGAACCCAUAGUAUCACCAAAUUGGUUUUGAAUAGACUAGGACCAAUCCAAAGCUAUAAUAGUGCAAUUUAGAAGUUGGAGCAGAGCACCUUGGAAUAAAGUCCAGUCAGUGAUGGCAUACAUAUGUCUUUACCUGUUUGUUUGCUGGUUGAGAUAGCUUUUAAUGUGCCUUGAAGUGAAAUUUAAUGGAAAAGUGCUCCAAGGUUUCCUAGCAUGAUCAGGACAGAUAAAGGUUUAUGUGAGCUGUUGUUUCCCACAUAACAUGAGUAACGUGCUAGCUCUGCAAUGACUGGUUUGUAGUUACUGAGGUGUGAUACAGUAAAGUGUAUCAGAGUCGAUUGCACACAGAUGUCAGUAGCAUGUACUGACUCCUGAGAUGAUGUGUUGCUGAUUGGCUAGUUACCACUGUUGGACAUGGCUUUAACUCAGUUCUCAUUUAACCCAGAAGAGAUAAGUUUGACCAUAACAUUCCAUUCAUUCUUGUUUUCCACAUAAGAUUUUCAGGGGAGUUUUGUACACUGCUGAGUUGCAGUGAGAAUAUGAAAGAUGGUGUUUUGAAAAAAAGCAAACAAAACACAAAAUACUUCUUAAAAUAAAACAUUCAUCCUUUUUUACCAAA